ACCUUUUCUUGACCCGACUGUCUAACUAUGAAUUCUAGCCGCGGAAAGCAGGAUGUUUUAAGAUGUGACCUUUGUGAGACCUCUAUGCCCUUACUGCACUGUGACAUUUGUCACGUGAAUCUGUGUAAACCCUGUGUAGGGGAACAUGCCUUAGAUGAAACUAAAGACCACACAAUAGUGCCAUUCAAAAAGCGAGGAUCUACCCCUAAAUGUCUAAAACAUUUCUCAAAGAUAUGUGAACUUCAUUGUGAACAAUGUGACUGCCCAAUCUGUGCUCUCUGCGUUUCCUCAUUUGAUCAUGAACAACAUUUUAAAGUCGAUAUUUUCAAAAAAUUCGAGGAGAAGAAAGCUGCCUUGCAAAAAGAUAUUCAAGAGUUAGAAAAUCUAAUUUAUCCAAAGUAUCAAGAUAUUGUAUCUGAAGUUCCUAUUUAUAGAAAGGAUUUGAAUAAAAAUUCCCAAAAUUUAAAAGCCGCUAUCAACAAACAGGGUCGAGAUUUGCACAGAGAAGUAGAUAGCGUUAAAAAAAAAAUGAAGGCUAACGUUGAUGAUAUAAACUCCAAAUACAUGGCUUAUCUAAAAAAACGGGAAGAUGAAAUCACAGGCAUACUUUCCGAAAUCCAACAAAACAUAUCUGAUAUGAAGAAGUUAUUGGAUUCGUACGAUGUUUGUCAGGUCUGUGCGUACAAAUCUAAAAAUGCAGUAUUCAGAAAAUUGCCUCCUAAACUGACAGUAUGUUUACCUAAGUUUAUCCCUCAUCAAAUCGACGAAGCAGAAAUUAACCAACAGAUAGGUGUUCUGCUGGAGUUGAGAGUUAAAACAGAAGAAUAUGACCAUAUUUUCACUUCAUCAGAAGUUGUUACCACUCUUCCAAAGAGGCCACUGAUGGUUCAUCCAAUAGUUAUGACAGAUUUUCUCACCGAGUCUGGAAAUAACAGCUUUUGCCAUGUGUCAUGUGUGAGUAAUAAAGAAAUUUGGAUUAGUGGUUGUGACGAGUUCUUGAGACUCUACAACCUCGAAGGAAAACUAGUGAAGUCCAUCAAAACAAAGUCAGGGAAUGUUCCAAUUGCCAUUGCUAUUAUCAGGUUUGAUGAUCUUAUUUAUGCUGAUAACUAUGAUAGAUCAUUGAAUAUUGUAAAGGGAACAGAAGUUCAUACCAUGAUCAAAUUACAUGGAUGGCGACCGCUAGGCGUAUGUAGUUCAUCCUCUGAUGAACUCCUACUUCUUAUGAUCAAUGAUAGCAAUAACCAAACAAAAGUUGUGCGUUAUUCCGGGUCUACAGAAAAACAAAGCAUUCAAUUUGAAGACAAAGGCAAGACUCUUCUUUCACCCACAGGAAGUUAUGAUUUUCCAACAUGCAUCUGUGAGAACAAAAACUUUGAUAUUUGUGUGGCUGACAAAAACGCCAAAGCAGUUGUAAUAGUCGAUCAAAAUUGGAAAUUACGAUUUAGGUAUACAUCAGUAUUUCCACCAGUGGGAAUAGUUACAGACAGCCAAAGUCGAAUCCUAAUUUCAGACCAUAUUUAUAAUAUUAUUCACAUUUUAAAUCAGGACGGACGGCUUCUACGCUACAUUGAUAACUGUUUUUUACAGUGUCCAUUGGGUCUAUGUUUAGACAACAAUGACAACCUAUUUGUUGCUGAAAGCGCUAUAGGUAAGGUGACGAAAAUCCAAUAUUGUAGCAUGUAGCUAAUUGACAGAGAUGUUGCAUAAAAAACCCGGAAAUUGGACUCUAUAGAUGCAUCUUGACAUUUACGUUUUAUAACAAUUUGCA